GUUGUUAUUGUUGGUGGAAGAAAAGUGGAAUUAGAAAAAAACUAAAAAUAUCAAUCUAAUAAUUUGCGAAGAUAUAAUAAAGAAGAAAUCAAGAUAUUUGUUAUAUUUUGAUAUUUUUUCCCUAUAUGAGGUGGAAUAAUCAUCACAAGACGUCAAGAAAUUAUUGGAAUUAUUAAAAUAAAAAUAACCUCUAAAAUAAACUAGAGGUGUUGGUGUGUGCAAUUGUAGUGUUGAUUCAUUAAUUGGAAAUAAUAAUUUUGUGACAACAACAUCUACCAAGUAAAGAGUGACUAAAAGAGGUCGGUGCUGCUGAAAACUUCAAGGAGGGCCCCAUAAAAAGAAGGAGCCACAACCACAUGUUUUGUUAUAAUUUUUAAAAAGAGAUUUCUAUUUAAUUUCUUCUCAAACGCCGGCACUUUCAUCAUAAUUGCCCACAAGUUGCAUUCCAUAAAUAGAACUGGAACAUUUUAUACGUUUCCAAGACUCAAUUUAAUUUCAUACAUUUGAAGAAACAUAAUUUUUACCUGCUUUGGGGGCUACAAAUCAAAAUAUAAAUUACAAUGAUUUUGUUGGAAAUCAAUAAUCGUAUAGUCGAGGAGACUCUACUGGUUAAAUUCCGUAAUGCUAUAGCCGGAUUAAAACCAGAAUCAAUAGAUGUUAAAGUAGCUGAUUUUGAUGGAGUUUUAUUUCACAUUUCCAACAUAAAUGGAGAUAAAACUAAAGUUAGGACCAGCAUUUCUUUAAAAUUUUAUCAACAAUUACAAGAACAUGGUGCCGAUGAAUUGCUCAAGCGUGAAUAUGGUAGUCUCAUGACUGACACGGAAGAUGGUUACAAUGUAUCCGUACUUAUUAAUUUAGAAGAUAUACCCACAGAUUGGGAACAAGUGGCCAAAAAAAUUGGUUUAUUAAAGCGUAACUGUUUCGCAUCAGUUUUUGAAAAAUAUUUCGAUUUCCAAGAACAAGGUGAAGAGGGACAAAAACGUGCUGUUAUCAAUUAUAGAAAUGAUGAGACUUUAUAUGUUGAAGCCAAACCGGAUCGUGUUACUGUUGUUUUUAGUACCAUAUUCCGCGAUGAAGAUGAUGUUGUUAUAGGUAAAGUUUUUAUGCAAGAAUUACGAGAAGGUCGGCGUGCAUCGCAUACUGCACCACAAGUGCUCUUUUCCCAUCGUGAACCACCAUUGGAAUUGGCUAAUACGGAUGCUAAAGUUGGCGAUAACAUUGGUUAUGUUACAUUUGUGCUCUUUCCACGUCAUACUAAUAAAGAAACUAGAGAUAAUACCAUUAAUUUAAUACAUAUGUUCCGAGAUUAUUUACAUUACCACAUUAAGUGUUCAAAGGCUUAUAUACACUCUAGAAUGCGUGCAAAAACAUCAGACUUCUUAAAAGUUCUUAAUCGUGCAAGACCAGAAGCUAAAAACAUGGAAAAGAAGACUAUAACGGGGAGAACAUUUAUACGCAAAGAAUGAUUUAUGGACCAUGUCUAGUUGUUUUUUUUUUAUUAAAUGUAUUAAUUUUGUAUUAUUAAAAAAAUAAUAAAGUAAAACAUACGAAGAAAA